CAGCAUCUCAAUGCUGCAGUGUCCUAGAUUUCCCUCUAGGCGCGUUACUCAGCAAAUCCAUCGUUUCAUCUGCGGCAUACGACAAUACAACUACCCUUCAAUGGAGGCCGAACGCAAAGCUCCUCCAAUCCCGAAAGGUGACCGUGGUCACGGCGGAAAGAAGAGAUCAUUCCAGAGUGGUCAAUGGGCGAAAAGGUCGAAGUCACGGAAAGAGAAGCCCAAGUCUGAAGGUUCCAAUGAAGAAGUUCUCAUUGCGGAUGUGCGAGCUCUUUUCGCAAAGCAGAAGCUUUCCCAGACCUCGACAAUAGCUGCUACCAAUAAUGCGCCUGAGUCCAUAGACAAUUCUACCGCAGACCAAGUCGAAUCUGCUCCUGCAGAGAAUGGAGAACCUAUGGACAACGAUGAGAAACCUGAACUGCCCGAAAAGUUCUCUGAAGUUGAGGUGGAAGUCUUGGAGAUAUCUUCGACAGGCGACGGUCUGGCUAAACAUGCUGGCUCCGACCAGAUAUACAUUGUACCAUUCAGCACACCAGGCGAUGUUGUCAAAGCGAAAGUCAUCAAGCAUUUCGAAGCUGAGCAUUACACCUUAGCCGAUUUCGUCUCUGUGGUCAAGGCAGGGCCUCUCCGAGAUGAUACCCGUGUCAACUGUAAAUACUUCUCUACAUGUUCUGGUUGUCAAUUCCAGAUGAUGGAUUACCCAAGUCAACUAGCACACAAGAAGACAAUUGUUGCGAAAGCUUAUAAGAACUUCUCGCAAUUACCACCAGAGCUGAUACCGCUAAUUGGAGAGACCAUUGGAAGCCCUUUACAAUAUGGAUACCGUACGAAACUUACACCCCACUUCGACGCUCCGCCAGGAGCUAGGAGAGACAGGAAUAAGACAUUUGAAAAGGUGCCGGAAAUUGGCUUCAUGGCGAAGAAUCGAAGGAUUACGCUGGAUAUUGAGGAUUGCCCAAUCGGUACAGACGCUGUACGUAUGGGUAUGAAGAGAGAAAGAUUAAAGGUUGUCGAAGAACUGGCCAAAUACAGGAAAGGCGCCACGAUACUUCUACGUGAAAGCACAUUCAGGGUACCCAGUAACGACAAUCGGGCAUCUGAAGAGCUCCCAGACAGCAUCAAGACCGCAACUGAAGCAUAUACGGAUUUCAAGUCAUGCGUCACAGAUAGCAACGCAACAUCGACUGAGUACAUUGAUGACUUUGUCUUCACUAACAUUGCUGGAUCUUUCUUCCAGAACAACAAUUCGAUACUACCAAGCUUCACUCAAUACAUUCGAGACCAUAUUAUGCCACCCGCUCCAUCAUCAACAGAAGCUCCAAUCAAGUAUUUAAUUGAUGCGUACUCUGGCUCCGGAUUAUUCACAAUAACGCUCUCUUCACUCUUCAAAACAUCAAUGGGGAUCGACAUCUCCGGUCCCUCGAUAACUUCAGCCAAGGACAACGCGAAGUUGAACAACCUCCCAGAAUCACAAUGCACGUUCAUGGCAGCUGAUGCGCCGGAACUGUUCAAGUCUGUGAAAUACCCCAAGGACGAAACGGUGGUGGUAAUCGAUCCUCCAAGAAAGGGAUGUGACGAGAGCUUCUUGUCUCAACUAAUGAACUUUGGACCAAGGAGAGUUGUUUAUGUCAGCUGCAAUGUGCACACACAAGCAAGAGAUGUAGGAGUUCUUGUCAGAGGGAAUGAAAAUGGAGGAGCAAGAUACAAGAUCGAGUCUUUGAGAGGAUUCGACUUCUUUCCUCAGACAGGUCAUGUUGAGGGUGUUGCUGUGCUCAGUAGAGUGGAGCCUGAACAGGAAGCCGCAGAAGCACAAUAGACAAAUCCUAGCAGCCAUCACCU